GAGGCGUCUGCAGCUGGAAAACAGCAGCUCCGCUUGCUGAUCAGAUUUGGGGGUGGGGUGGGAGGUGUGUGUGGGAAAAGCCGAGCGAUGGAUCUUCCCUUCUUUUGACAACACUCUCCUCUUCAGGACUAAGUCUGCGCUGGAGGAAAUUAACUGCGAGGGAGAAGCGCUAAUCACACCUCCGAGCGGGAGCCAACUCCCGGGAGCAGCGUGUGCCGCCAGCCCCAGGAUAUUCCCUGCCUCCAACCUGAAGUGAUCCCUCCUGGAACGGUUCAGUCGCGCCUGCAGUUCACCUUUGCCUGCAGUUAACCAGCGUGCAAUUUGGGUUUAAUGGAGCUGGGUUUAUUGUUCCUCUUUGGACUUACGAUUACGUCGACUGCAGGGACCGCGCUGCCCCGGCCCCGCUCCGCGCUGCCGGCGGCCGGCCCGGGACACCGCGAGCGCGACGAGAGCGGAGCGGCGGCGGCCGCGGGCGGCAGGGCCAGGGCGGACGGCGGAGCGCUGCGGCACCGGGCCCGGCGCUGCACUUGCUACACCUACAAGGACAAGGAGUGCGUGUACUACUGCCACCUCGACAUCAUCUGGAUCAACACCCCCGAGAGAACUGUGCCCUAUGGGCUGUCUAACUACAGAGGCAGCUUCAGAGGCAAGAGGAGCACAGGGCAGAGCCAGAGCGCUCCCCAGCCCUCGCCGCGCUGCUCCUGUUCGGAUGCCCAUGACAAGCAGUGUUUGCAGUUCUGCAGAAGAAUGCAGGACAGAAGGAGAAAUCAUGGAUCAAUGAAAAAGACAGAGGAGAAAGACCAAUGCAGGGAAGAGGAACACAAUUUUGUUCAGUAGCACAGAGAGUCUGGAGGAUUCUGAACAAAUCAGCUUUAACAUUUAUUUGCUGGAGCUCAGAAACAAGAACUUAAACUACAACUCUCCCUUGAGAUGGACAAACUUGAUGCUUCAGUGUGAUGCCAGUGGAGAAUUCAGCAGUAGGCAACACUUCCAUUUCAGCAGUGCCCCUCUGAGGGCAUGGGAACCUCUAUGAAGAAGCUUUUCUCCCCUCGAGAGAGCCUCAGAAAAGGAUAACCUUUACCAUGUAACCUGGCAGGGAAUGUAUCACUAUUGAGGAAAACUUCAAAGGCAGACCCAAACUUCAGCAAUGCAAAGCUUCAGGAAACGUUUUUCUCUGUGAUUUAAACAAGUACAAUAGAAACUGUUCCACUCACUGUUUGCUCUGUGUCUGAAGAUUCCAUCCACAGCUCUGUGCAGGCAGCUGCAAGUGGAGAAUGAGGAGAGUUAGAGGGAGAUUGCCUCUACAUCAGUUCUCAUUAAGAAUAAACAGAUACAAAAUAUUUCUCUUGUUAAUGUAUGCAAGCCUGAAUCAUCAUAUUGUAACUUUGUGGCAGAUGUUUAAAUGACAGUAUCUAUGCAGAAUAAAUAUGAAUGGCUAAUAUAAAUACUAUUAUAAACUAUAGCAAGUUAAGAGUAUACAUUGAGUAUUCAAUAGAUUACCUAAUUUAGGCACAAGUUAUUCCUGCACUUGCAAGUUCCAUUCAAACACACUUACAGUGAUUAUUUGGGGAUGCACUGUAGCUGGUGAACAGAACUUCAGUGAUUCAUCCCAAAGAAUUUUCCUACAGAUGCAAGGCUAGGAGUGUGGAACUUGAUGCCAUCAGAGUCAUUUCUGUGCUGGCCAUUUGCUGUGCCAGGCCCCUACAGGUCACAGCCACAGCACAUCCCCUGGGCUUUGCACAAAUCCCGCCUUUGUCUCUCCAUUGAAACACCAGCACCAAAUAACCCAGAAACUUGGCAAUAAGGAUUAAAUCCAACCGUGGACAUUUUUCAG